UGUUUCUAACCUAAAUAAGAUUUGGUAAUGUCACGUGAGAUUAAGUCAUACAUUUAUCCUGCAUUUCACGUAGUUAGGUAAAUAUUUGUAAAUUCCUAAGCAGACAACUGGAUAAUAUAAGAUGAUUUUCUUUAAAGCUUAAAGUGCUGAUUUUCAUGAGUAUUUUCUUCAUAGAGUGAGUAACCAGCGACUUGUUUUGUGAAGAUGAUAGAGUUCAUAUCUUGUGUUGUUAUUCCUGGAAUCUGCUGGAGUCUUUCUUCCAGUUAGAGGUUACUGUCUCAAGGUUUCACAUGAACUGUGAAGCUACUUCCAAGUAUGACCUUACUCAACUUUUCUAGUUCUGAUUUUAAGCUCUGUGUUUUCUUUUCAAGAGUUCAAGUUCCUUCUUAGUGUUUCUGUGGUGUCAGUUGCAUCAUUUGUCAUUCUGCUGUCUUCUGUCUUUUUUUUUUUUUUUUAAGCAAUAGAAGGUUUCACCAUAACAAACGUGUCUGUUUGGAUGUUAGCUCUAACUGUGACUUUAACUGUGGGACUCCAGCUCCUACUUGGCAUGUUUCUACAUGUUUGUACAAUUGCAGACAGUUUCUCACUGUGUCAUGUUCUGGUCUGUCUUUGCACAAGCUGCUCUGGAUGUCCUGUCUAUCUACAAAUCUGUUUGAUAAAGUAGGGUACAGAUAUCUAAAAUCCUUUAAAAAUAUGUUGUCUAUGUUGGUAUUUAUUAGAUUUAUUUGACACAGAAAACUACAUAAUUCUGUUCUUUCAAAGCAUGUUCCUGAAUAACUAAACAGCCAAAUGUUUUGUAGAUUGUGUACAAAUAUUCAUGAUAAACCAGCCAGACGGCUUCCUGCAACAGGGUGCUCUUCACUGUACAUGUAUUUAGCCAAUAUAUUCCUACAUAUUUUUAAUUUCUAAACUCAAUACCAUAACCAAUUCCACACUCACAUUUCCUUAGUGAUGGGUCCAGUUUUUGCAAAAAAAAAAAAAAAGUACUGGCCUACAUUACAGCACGUUUUUUAAUGGUUUUAUGUGUAUUAUAUGUUAUAACCAUAACAUAUGAGACUGGCGACAGUCACACACAAACAAAAACUGAUUAAGGCAUAGAGACAGGGUGAAAUGAGGAGAAGAUAAAAGCAGAACUCGUGCUGCAAUCUUUUCUACACUCUGUGUCACCCUUAAGGUGUGCUGAGUGGGGCCCAGUGCUGGACAGUGAAUGUGACUCUGUAUCUGUCCAGUUUGUAACAUUUCAUUUCAACUGGAAUUCAGAAGUACUUUAUUGAUCAAAAAGGGAAAUUAAAUUUUAUCAUUUUGGCAUCUCAAGGUAAUGACUGAGGAGUUUUGGUCAGGUCACAGAACUGGUAAACACAGCUGGGUGUUGCAUAGAAGGGGAAAAGCGUGCAGCACAACAAAGGAUGGUCAAGAUAGUGAGGCCAGUGUGAAAAAAACUUUGCUUCCACAGAGCAAUAAUGGGGGGGAAACAGGCAUGAAAUCAAAGCAUAACAACAGGACAAGUCCACAGAAUUGUUUAAGCUGCAGAGGAGAGAAAUGCAAAAAACUGAUUGCUGCCAUCAUUGUCAUUCUCCUUAUAACAGUUGUGAUUGUCAUCUCUGUGUUUGUGUGCUGCGCAAACAAUGUCGAUGAGGAUGAAAUUUUUGACCGAACAACCUUUAACCUACAACAGAAAUUUAAUGGGAGCUUCCAGAUGCAAACUCCAUUUUCAAAUGAAACCCAAGGUCUCAAUGACGUUCAGAGAAAGCUGACUGAGCUCUAUGAAUCCUCCCAUGCUCUGGGUCGUUUCUUCUCAAACGCUGAGACAUUUGGCCUCGGGAGUGAGUCUGCUGUCGUUCAAUACCAGCUGGAAUUUAUCUUUCCAGAAGAGGAGCUUAGAAACUCCAUUCUUAGCAGAGAGAUGGUGUACAAUGUGUUCAGGCAGUUCCUCUAUGAUCAGAAUGAAGAUGAAUCUGGGACUAUGUUCAUUGUCCCAAGUUCCUUGGAAAUGCACACCAUGCAUUAAUCAGAUCUUGAAAAAUGAGCUCUUGUAAAACCAUUGAAACCGGAUUUCCAGGAUGUGAUUUAUUUUUUAACGUAGUGGCCUAGAGACAGUUGACUUGUCAGCUGUUGUUCACCACACAAACUGAGCCACUGCCCAUGUGAAUGCUCUCACACGACCAGAUAGCAUAAACCACAUGGUUGUUAUACAUUUAUGAUUUUUAUGUACUGUAAUGUAGAUUUUCUUGUGUAUUGCCAUUGUUUUUAAGCUCCAAAGGUCUUUGUUAAAACCUCAGAUGUCGUAUAUUGAUGUAGCAGAAAUGAUGAAGUGGGUACACACACUCCUUUGCAUACACGUUCAGUUUCCAAGCAGACAUCAUUUGCAAACUGUAACUGGACUUGCCUUGAAACAUUUGCCUAAAGUGGAACAAACACUAAAAUAACCAGGUGCAGAGAGACAAAGAGCUAUUUUAUUUGCCAAAUGAUGAACUUAUUGACCCAAGUGUGCCUUAUAAUGUUCUUUCAUUCAUGUGUGCUUUGUGACAAAUAUUAAAUAUUUCAGCUGUUUUAUUAA